AUGUACGCCGGCCGCCGACGGAGGAAGCCCGUGCCCAGGACGGCCAAGUUGCCUCCCUCUGAAGGUGUCAAGGCAAACCCCUCCAAGCGGCACCGGGAGAGGCUGAAUUCUGAGCUGGAGUGCCUGGCCAGCCUGCUGCCCUUUCCCAAUGAGGUCAUCUCCAGUUUGGAUAAACUGUCCAUCCUCCGGCUUACUGUCAGCUACCUGCGUACUCAAAGCUUCUUCCAAGUCACCCGGAAGAGCCACUGUGCCAAGGAGUGGUCCGAACGCCACAGCCAUGAUGGGGAAAGAAGCUGGCAAUGCACAGGCACAAUUGUGCCUGAGGGCAAACUUCUCCUCCAGGCCCUGAAUGGUUUUGUGCUGGUGGUCACCUCUGAGGGGUUGAUCUUUUACUCCUCUCAUACCAUUCAGGACUAUCUGGGAUUUCAUCAGACAGAUGUUUUACAUCAGAGUGUCUUUGAGUUGAUCCACACAGAAGACCAACCAGAAUUCAGGCGCAAUCUUCACUGGAGGCUAACAUCAACUCCCAAACCUGAAAGUGAUCAGGCAUGCUCUGGAGGAACACAGUCCAGCUCACCUGGUAGCAGCGACAAGCCAGAGGAGCUCCCCCCGGAGAACUCAGCCCUCCUAGAACGGAGUUUUGUCUGCCGGUUCCGAUGCCUGCUCGAUAACUCAUCGGGGUUCCGGGCUUUAAACCUUCAAGGCAGGUUGAAACCACUGCACGGGCAGAAGCACAGAAUGGAGGAUGGUUCUCCAGCGCCCCCUCAGCUGGCACUCUUUGCCAUCUCUACUCCUCUGCAGCCUCCAUCCAUUCUGGAGAUCAGAACAAAAACACUCACCUUCCGGACCAAACACAAGCUGGAUUUUACGCCUGUUGCCUGUGAUGCCAAAGGGAAGCUUGUGCUCGGAUACACAGAGGCAGAACUGCGCAUGCGUGGGACCGGCUAUCAGUUUAUCCAUGCUGCCGAUAUGCUCUACUGCGCUGAGAACCACAUUCGGAUGAUGAGAACUGGGGAAAGUGGCCUGACAGUAUUUCGUCUUCUGACCAAAGAAAAUCGUUGGCGAUGGGUCCAGUCUAAUGCCAGACUCGUCUACAGAAACGGCAAACCUGAUUACAUCAUUGCCACUCAAAGGCCUCUUGUGGAUGAAGAAGGAGGGGAGCACCUUCAGAAAAGGUCCCUACACCAUCCUUUUACCUUUGCUACAGGGGAAGCACUUCUUUACCAAGCCACCCACCCAGAUCCUGGUUUUCCUGCCCCCUUCUCAACUCAAGGAAAAAUGACCAAAUUCAAAAAGCCUCCCAAAGGAGAAAGGAGCCAGUUCAAUCUCCCAGCUCCUAAUUCACUUCUUGGUGCCAUGAUGAGACAGAAUGCGGCCAUCUAUGUGUCCCAUGCAGCAGUGACUCCAGACUUGGGCUGCAGCAGUGACACCUUCAGCCAGAUUGAAGACCCCUUUGUGACUCAGGUAGCAGGAGACAUCCUGACUGGAUCCUCAAAGAUAAUUUCCUCUGAGGAUGAGCUAAAGGAACUGGCUGAUUUGAAUCAAGGAGCCACCCUUCUAACCACCCUGGAUCCCCUCUCUCUGGACUACGAUGAGAAUUGCUCCAAUAAUGAGCUCUUGAGUGCUCUGGAAAACCUGGGUCUUAACGCUGAGGAGCUGGAGCUCCUGCUGCUAGAUGAAUGGAAGGUGAAGGGAGGGGAGAGUCCAGGCUCUGGUUCAUCUCUUAAUGAUGUGUUAACAAACAGGGAGAGCUUGUCCCACGUUCAUGGUUCCCUUAUGAACAAAAACGAGGAUGAGCAAGUUGGGGAUCACCAGGCUUCCUUGAAAAUUCACUCUUUGUUGAGCUCAAGCCAAGAACCUGAAGUCAAUAGUUUUCAUAUGGCACACCAAUAUCCACUUCAUUUAUUGCAGGAACCACAACCCAACCAGCUAGUCCAAACAGUGUGCCUUCCAAAUACAAUGCAACAUCAUGGUGUAAGCCAGAAGCAGCCAGGUCACUUUCCUUGGGAGCCUGGUUCACCCCAGGCUGUGACAAAUGAGAGGCAUAUCCAGAACAGUUGUGAGCCAUGGAGGCAGCUGUCAGUAACAUCUCAGGAUCUGUCUACUCAUUUCAUGCAAUCGCCUGCAGAGGUCCAGCAACGGUGGCCACCAUCCAACAGUUCAGGCCUUCUGAGCCCAUCCUUACCCCACCUAUCCUUAGAAAAUCCUUGCCAACCUAAACUAAGUCAGCAGCAGCUGGAGAAUCAUUUGAGAUCACAGCAGGAAGGUCCCCAACCCCUAUUUCAGCAUCAGGGUCUAAACCAGCUUCAUGUUCAACCACAGCAGCUCUGUGGCUAUGGACCCUCAGAAUCAGGGACCCUCCUACAACCUAACACUGACCAGAGCUUAUUUAUGAACAGGAUCCACAGCUGGGAUUCACCUAGUCAACAAAUUCUAGGUGGCAAUUUAUGGCCAGACUAUGCCUCUGGGAUUCAGCACCCAACUCAAAGAAAACUUCCGAGCCAGGCAGGGAACGGUUCUGGACCACAGCUCUACUCAAGAAAUGAUCAGCAAGAUUCCAGCAAGUCCCAGGUCCAGGUCAACCAGGAUAGAUUAGACAAUUUGGAGACUGACAAAAGUUAUGGGACUGGAGCUGAGAUGGUGCCUGGGCAAAGAUUCCUGCCCCCUUGCACAUGUCAACCCAUCCCCUUAAAACCUUCUGCAUCAGUUUCUUCUGAGACCAUGCUUCCAUUUCAGAAUUUUACUUCUGGCCAUUUUAUUAAUGGAGAUGGGUGCCAGGAGACAUCGGCAGGAAAUAUGUGUGGAUUGACUGAUAGACCCGUGGAAUCCUGGGGAGACUUCCUCCUGCCCAGUGGACAGCCCACUGCCAUCACAGAGAGACACUCCUGCCCCAAAGUGUUUCCUCAAUCAUCACCGUCCCCCAGUGGUGGCUUUUAUUUUUGA